GAAAACUACCACAAUCCUAAAUCAAAAUGCUCAGUAUUGUUUGAACAUUCGAUGGAUAAUGGUGCUAGUCUGGGGGACUACCGUCUGUACGAGAUAUUAAUAUUAAGUUUCUGUCUGAUCGCUGAAAUUUUUAAAACUGACUAGAUUAGCGUUAAUUCCCACAACAUUCUUGAACAGGAACUAAAAUUUUAGCAAUAUACAAUGGGUUGUGUAUGGGUUGGUCUGGCGUGUCUUUUGGCGGUCAUCCUUAGUUUCUCCUCCAAGGCCCCAUACCAGCUUAAAAUGGCAAUUUUCAUUAUUGGAUCUGGUACUAUCGUACUUAUUUGCAUACCCCUCAUGAUGUUUAAGCCGCGGGACUAUCGAAACGCGUUUAUACCUGCAUGGGGCUGUCGACAGCUUUGCAAAGCGUUGGGCGUUACAAUGGAGGUACGAGGUCUUGAAAAUAUUCGGGCGGAACACGGCGCUGUUGUGCUAAUCAAUCAUCAAAGCUUUCUUGAUUUGUGCGGUUUAGCAUAUUUAUGGCCAGUAAUUGGGCGAGCAACGGUAGUGUCAAAAAAAGAAGUUCUCUUCUUUCCUUUCUUUGGGUUCGGUGCUUGGCUGUGGGGGACUCUUUUUAUUAAUCGCUCCAGCAAGAAAGAUUCCAUCAGUGCAUUGCAGAAGGAAUCCAAGGCUAUCCAAGAACGGAAUUGUAAACUAUUAUUCUUCCCGGAGGGCACGCGCAACAUUAAAGAAACAUUACUGCCAUUCAAAAAAGGUCCCUUCCAUAUUGCCCUUCAAUGUCAAUGUCCUAUCCAACCGGUUGUUAUAUCUAAAUAUUAUUUUCUAAAUCGUGAGAAGAAAUCGUUCCGUCCAGGACACGCCAUCAUUCACAUCUUACCUGAAAUUCAUACAGCUGGAUCUGCUGUAGAGGAUAUGGCUAAAAUUAUUGAAUCUACAAGAAAUGCCAUGGAGAUUGAGUAUACAAAAUUAUGUCAAGAAAUACGAAGACGUGGACAUUAGUUAAUUAAAAAGUUUAUACAUAAAUACAUAUAAACGUCCAUUACAUACAUAUGUACAACUUUGGAUAUAUAUAUUUAUGUUCAGAGGUUUCCAAUAAGAGUCAUAUGAAUUCUUUAAAAAACACACACUAAGUGUUUAGGAAGUUCAAAUGUUUUUUAUUCAAUGUGAAG